CUUCAAUGACAGUUGGUACACACAAAUAAUAAUAUGAAGUGCAGAAGUAAGAAAACCACAAACGAUAACACGAGGACGCUCUCUGUGCUAAUAGCAAUUGGGUUCAUAUUACUCGUCAUACCAGCAGUCUCGGUGUUUUUGGACCCUCAAUACCUAAUCAUUGUUUUCGUUACGAGAAUAGCAGUGGGAUCUAAUUUCUAUGAAAUCUUAGCACGCGAAAAUGCGGGUACCUUCGUAAAAGUCUACGUGUUCAAUGUCACCAACGCCGAAGCGUUCCACUCCGGCGAGGACCACAAGCUACGGCUCGAGGAAGUUGGACCUUUUACUUACCAAGAAUACCGAAAGAAUGAUAAAUUCGAGGUCGACGAAGAAACUGAAGUGAUGAGGUACAUACCGCGCAUCAGGACAGAGUUCCGACGUGAACAAUCUAUUGAUGACCCAGAACGAGUUAAUAUCACAGUUCCGAACGCUGCAAUGUUGGCAGUAUCAUCGAUGUUCAGCUCAUACCCCUUCUGGACCAAGGCCGGGUUCACUAUGCUGGCGGACCGUCUGCACUCAAAACCCAUUAUAAACAUCAAUGUCCACGACCUCCUCUGGGGCUACGAUGAGCCUUUGAUAGCCCUAUCUAAUACUCUGAUGCCCGGCUGGAUUACUUUUAGCAAAAUGGGCAUUUUGGAUCGCUUGUAUGAUCAAUCGUCUUUACCUGUGUUAGAGGUGAGCACAGCUGGUUAUGACAAAUUUAAAGUAAAAAAAAUAGACGGUUAUCCUGGGUUAAAGGUGUGGGAACACGGCGACGUAAGAAAGCGGAUACGGUGCAACACGUUCGUUGAUACGUACGAAGGGUACGCGUUUACACCAGGACUUACCCGCGACGCCUCGCUCAGACUGUAUCGGAACACUUUCUGCAGGAUGUUAGACCUUAGCUACGUCGGCACCACGGCCACGGAUGUCACAUCCGAGGCCUUCGUCUAUCAGAUCAGCAAUAAAAGUUAUUCUAUCGAUCCUAGUACUGAGUGUCUUUGUGGAGAAAUAAAUGAAUGCAUUGAUGGAAUUUCCGACAUAUCUCCGUGUCUGUUCGGUCUCAAUAUUGCUUUAUCUAAUGGCCACUUUUUGUAUGCUAAUCCCAAAGUGUAUGAGCGUAUUGAGGGCAUGCGUCCUGAUGAGAAGGAACAUGGAAGUGAAUUUGUAAUAGAAUCGAAAUCGGGAGCAGUUCUUGGUGCAAAGUUGACUUUGCAAGCAAACGUAAACGUUAAGGAUGUCAAUUUCUACUCUCGAGUCAGACCAUUUUCUAAGAUGGUCGUACCUCUCGCUUACUUUAAAAUUGUACAACCUGAGUUAGCAGAGGAAGAUAAGAGAUAUAUAAGACAGUCCACGUAUUUGUUACCAUAUAUCGUUCAUGGUGUAGAAGUGGUGGUAUUCAUAACAGGCUUGACAAUUUUGGCAUACGCUCUCCAUCAGAUGUAUCUGCAGUGUCUUUGUUCUGGUAGUCACAAAAAUAAUGAGGAACGUAGUGGUAAUCUUCAGGUGACAACGCCGCUGAUUCAUGAGAAACUUCCAACUUUCGACACAAAGUCAGCUGGAAAUAUUUAGUUAAGUAACAAUUCCUUUAAAGAGGGUAACUUUCCAAUGUGGUUCUGGCCAGAACCUUCAUUAUAUUACAAUGGUUACGAACCCAAUUAAAAUAGAUCAUAUUAAGUUUUGGAUUUGUAAGAAUAUAUUUGUUUUCCAAGUUAUUUAUUAGAGUAGUAAACGCCAAGUCAUGGUGAAAGUCCGAUUUAUUAGUAAAUUGAAAACUGAGUAAACCCUGAACGCUCAUUGGUCGCCUAUUACGUCAUCAGCUGUGUUCGACCAAUGACCGUUCAGAUAAAUUUUUAAUUAGUUAUUGUAAGUUUACCAGCGUUUUAGAAACU